AAGUUGUCAGUCGUCGUUUGUCCCUUGCAAUUUGCUUGUCAUUUUUGCGGUUUCUUUGUGCCAAUUCUAUUAGUGCUAGUUCUCAUGUUUCGACGUAAUGUGCCUUGAACGCUCUUCAAAACUAUUUGAGCAUUACGUAACACAUUCCAACUGAAUUCUUGUGGUAGGAGAACGGUUAGACUUCAACGUAAUCAACCGUGAGAUGGAAAGGGUUAGACGAAAUGGAAGGCCCCCAGGAGAAGAAAACGCCCCCUGGAAGGAUCCUAGAGUGUCGCGUGGAAGAGUAUCUGCAUCAAUUCCGGUGGUCCGGCUACAAGUUCGUGCCCAGCGUGGAAAACUGGAUGACAGCCAUUUAUUCUCAGUUCUCUGAUGGCAGAUUACGGAAGAAGCCCUGGGCCCUCUUAUCGAUAAAUCCUUAAUUGCCACUGGAACAAAAAAAGACACCAGGCUUACGUGGGGCUUCCAGGUGUAUAUGCAAAGCACGCCAAGUCCAUGGCUUGUGAAACGGCAAUGAAAAGGCUGUUCUCAAUUGUGUUAUUCAACUCUGAAUAAUCCCGAUAACAUACGGUAGGCUGUGAGCAAUGCAUUUCGCUUAAAUUUUUCAUUCAGAAUAAGUUAUCGUAAACGGCAAAAGUGAGAGAUACUUUGAAGGCUGCGCUGUUUUCCACACAAUUUCAAUUGUUAAUUUUGAUUGAUGUGCUUUCGUCUUCUGUUGUUUACUUUUUGUUACUAGAAGUCCCAUGAAUCUCAAUCACAACACGAGAAUUCAAAAAUAACUUGCUGGGAUUUAGCAUCAAUGCAGCACAUUUAAAAAUCCUGUUUUGAUAGGAGAAAAUUCAAACGUUAAGUUCUUUACGUUGGUUUGCAGCUGAAUGCUUAAACCUGUGAUGCAACGAAGAAUAAUUCUAGGGUUAAAUCCAGUUGCUUUUCAAUUGAAAUCGAAAACAUGCAAAAAGAAAGUGAACAGUCAGCACGUAAUUGAUAUCCGGUCUAGACGUUUAUCCUUCCCCAUCAGGUGCCUCUUUUGUUUAAAACAAAUUAACUUUUCCUUUUAAACUGGCCUUGUUUGCAUUGUUCACUGGAAAAAUCUUGUUGUUGAAUAAUCGAAAUCUGACUUCCCAUUAGAAAGUCCCAGACUACGUGUAAAUCCGCUGUUUCCAACUGAAAUUGUACUACACUUUGGUGGACAUCCUUAUAUGCUGAGCCAAAUAUUCUGUUUGAAUGUCAAUCAUUCUUGUUGAUCACAUUUAACUGAUUGUUCUUUCUGUUCUCUAGUGCAUCGCUUAAAGAAAACGUAACGUGGAGAAGGUAAAACCGACAUUACUCGAAAAGGGACAUUUAAAUGGCUGGUAUAGGGUGUUCCACCGGAUUGGGUGCUGCUUACAGUUUUGAAGAAGGAAGAAUAGCAACGAGUGUAACGUACAGAGAAUCAGGGCAACAAACCGAAAAAAAAAGGCUGUUUAAUACAUCUAAUCACUGGUAUUUAUGGCCGUUCUAUCAAGGACAGAAGCAUAUACAGGUUACUGGAUUAAUCGGAAUACGCAGCAAUGGAUAAUUUCAGAAAAUCACGUUCCUGAUUAACUAAACGUGAAAGUUAAUGGCCAAAUUCUGCGCCAUUCUUUGGAGAAAUCAAACGAGUUAAUCAAGUUUACAACAAGGUAAUCUAACUGUCGUUAACAGGAGAAAAGUAUCUGAAGAAACAUUGCUUUGCACGACAAUCUGUUAACGCGAAUCAAUGCCACACGGUGAUAAAAUACCUUAUGUUUGUGUUAGGUUUUCUGACAGCUUUCAUUUCUACAGCUUUCGUGACUUGAGCAUACGUUCAACUGUCAAUUGCAUUUUCCUUCACGUCAACGCUGUUUAUGGGGAGUAAAGGGCGUUCCAUUUCGUGUAAUGGGUUAUAAAAGGGACUUUAGGUUAGGUUGGAUGGUCACAUCGUCCCCAACUCUUUGCUCUUUUGGAUAUUAAUAAAUUAACAGUGAUCAAACUAGCAGCUUUCGCCAUAUUUCACAUAGCCCACGAUGGCUGUUUCUAAAGUCUUGUGGAUCGUUGCGAUUCUGAUGACUGUGGUCUGCGCUCUAGAGCCCGUUAAAGGAGAUUUGGCGGUUGCUGAAACCAAAGGCAAAAAACAUGUUUACGUUCAAGAAAGUGGUUACGGAGGUGGUUACGAUGAUAGCAGCUACGGUAGCAGUUAUGGUGGAGGUAGCAGCUACGGCAGCAGUUACGGUGGACACGACGAUUAUCAUGUCGUAGUUAAAAGUAAAGGAAAAGAGAAAGGAAAGGGCAAAGGCAUUCGUACCAGUUACGGUUAUGACGGCCCCAGCAACUACGGUAGCAGCUACGGUGGUCACGACGACUACGAAGUGGUUGUGAAAAGUAAAGGCAAAGGCAAAGGUAAAGGAAUCAGUACCAGCUACGGUUACGACGGUCAUAGCAGCUACGGAGGCGGUGGUUACGGCGGAAGCAGUUACGGAGGUGGUGGAUACAAUGACAAGGGUAGCAGUUACGGCGGAGGAGGAUAUCAAGUCGUCUUGGUACAUAAGGGGAAAGGAAAGGGACAUGGCAAAGGAAAGGGACAUGGCCACGAUUACGACGAUUACAAUAGCGGAUACGGUGGCGGCGGUGGAUACGGUGGUGGUGGUCAUAGCGGUGGUUACGUGAAAGUCAAAGCCAAGAAAGUAAAAGGACAUAUAGUUCCCGUUAAGUCGAGUUACAGUUCUGGCGGUGGAUAUAGUAGCGGACAUGGCGGAGGAGGAUACUCAAGCGGACAUGGCGGAGGAGGAUACUCAAGCGGACAUGGUGGCGGAGGAGGAUACUCAAGCGGAUAUAAAAGUGGAGGAGGUGGUGGAGGUGGAGGUGGAGGUGGAGGUGGACAAGGAUCUGAUUCAAGUGAUGAAGACAAUAGUAAUAGCGGCGGAGGAGGUGGUGGAGGUGGUGGAUACCAAAGUGGCGGAGCAAAAGCUUCCACCGUAUCUGCUGUGAUAGCGGCACCUUUAGCCAUUGCAGAGGGAACAGGUAGUGCAUCCGUAGGAGAAGCAUCCGGUACCAUCGCAUCGGCCAUCGUGACAAGUGAAGCCAUCACGAGCGGCGACAGUGGUGCGAGUGUUGCCGCAGCCGAUGCAACGGCUGUGGUUGCCGAAUCCGAUGGAGGCGUAGAAACGAGAAGUGCGGCGGUGGCGACAGCUGAUGCAUCCGUAUCUGGUGCGGAAGCCAGUGGAGGUGAAGCUGCUGCAAGCGCAACUGGCGCAGCUGAAGCAUCAACUGAUGGAGGUGCUGACGGCACUGCCGGAUCGAAACGAAGCGUUGACACUGCCACCACCGAAAACGCAACGAAAACAGCACCGGAAACGGAAACGGCAACGACCGUAGUUGCCGAAACCAGUCCUAAAAUUCCUGUUAAUGGAUUUAGCAUUCCUCCAGCUCUUGCCGGAUCUUCGCCUACCAGCGCCCCUUCAAGUAACCGUUCACCUGCAGCCAGUCGGGCUCCUUCAACUGGCCGUUCUCCUUCAAAUAACAGACCCUCAUCCAAUCGUCCUCCAUCGAAUCGUUCUCCUGUUAAUCGAUCACCUACGACAAACCGUGCUCCUCCAGCUGGUCGUCUUCCGCCGACAUCCAGCCGCGCUCAGCCGUCGUCUGUUCGUUCUGAAAGAGCCCGUCCAUCAUCAACUUCUAGUACGAGCUUGCUCGAUCAACCAUGGCCGAAACCAAAACAGUUUCUAGUACCUUCGUAAACAGUUGGUGACCAAGGAGAUUGGAUAAACACAUGACUGGAAUUUUUGUUCAGAGUUGAACCGAGAAGUUAAAUAUUAUUACAGAUAUAUUACUAUUUAAAUAUUAUGAGAUAGAUAGCACUCAUUAAUUCACCUUUUCGUCGUUUGUUGAAAUAAAAGCGCAAUAAAAUUUUGGGGGUUCAAAA